UUGAAAGUGCGAGUAGCUACUUGUCGACAUCGCCGAGUCAUUCUGUUUCCGCCACUCGCUAAGAUGGUUAAUAGUAAAUGUGUCGUGAUUUUGUUGUUAACAAUAACCAUAUCAAAAGGCAUGCCGUUCCCCGAGGACACCACUAAGAAAACAGACACCAAGCAAGACUCUCUGUUUGGCCUUCCAUUUUUGGAGUUCAAAAACGGCGGAGUUCGAGUAAAUUUCGCUGGCUACCACGCGGAAGCCGGUCUCGGAGGUCUGUUAACCGGAAACGGUAACGGAGGCGGUCUUUUUGCUGGAGCAGGAACGCCGUUUGGGGCGCAUGCAUCAGCAGAACUCGGCGGUUCGCUUAAUGGCGACAAAGGAGGCAAAGCUGGCGGAGGCUUGCACGCACGAGCUGGUCUCGGAAAUGGCGGUCCAGAAGCAGCUGCGGGUCUCGGCGGGAAUUUGGACGGAGUUGACGGUUCCAAGAACGGAGGAGUUCUUUACACAGCGACCAGCAACAGAGGAAGAACUCGGAUUGUCUCCAAGAGCAUUGGUGGCGCUCCUAGCGGUGACGUUCCUUUGGUUCCUCCGGUUCCCAACGAAAGCAACAUUCAAUUAAUUUCUAGAAAUCAGAAACUGAGUUCAAAUGUCCAAAGUGACGGCUUAGUAAGACGUGAGAUCGACUCACCCGAGGGGGUCAAUGUCGUGGAACCUUUGCCCGUACCCGCACCAGCGCCACAACCCGCAUACGCUUACGCAAACUCGCGCUGUCGCAAGAAAAGGAGGCAAAUUUGCAACAGACUCACCAAGACAAUAAUUCAACAACAACUUCCUCUUGCACAAGUACCUGCAGAUUUUGUUCAACCCGAGUUGUUGACUCAACCUCAACCCUUGCCGCUAGACGCUCGCAGUACUAAAAUUCUUCCCCAAAGUUCUAGAACAGAUGUCGCAUUAGCGCCAGGACCUGCUUAUGGACCAGUUAGACCCAAAACUCUUUUUGAUGACAUUUUUAAUAUUCCCAUAUCAACUUUGCACGCCGUAAACCAGUUGCUGAACAGCAAAGUGGGAUGA